GUUAAGUAAAUGAUAACAUGAUAAUUAUACAAACAAUUGAGAAGCAUUUAAUAAGAAAAGAAGGAAGAUAGGAGAGAUGAAAGAAAGAAAGGAGAAAUAAUGGUGGUGAGGUUGAGGGUGUGGGGGCAGCGGCUGUCCAAAUGGACGUCUCUCAAAUAAAGAAAAGGGAAGAAACUUCUGCCUCUUUUCUUCUGACCCCUCCAUUCCAUUUCCCCAUCUCAAUUUUAGUGAAAUAUCAAUCAAAAUCCCCCCCAAAAGAAAGUCAUCCCACCUAUUCCCAUCUCUUCCAAUCCACUUUACUUUCUAACGUAUUUUUCGCUGUCUUUUCUCUGCUUUUCCUUUCUCAUCCCGAAACCUACCUUGUUUGUUUCCCUCACUUCUCAUACUCUAUUUAUUUCUAAUUUUUGGGAAGGGGAUUUAUCUGGAGUGUUGCUGAUCAAAGUCUCCUGUUUCUAAAAUGCAGAAUUCCGAUCAAGAAAAGCAAGAUCAGAGGAUAACUUGCAACAUGGAGGAUUCCCAUAUGACCAUUGAAUUCCUUCGAGCACGUUUACUGUCCGAACGAUCUGUCUCAAAAAGUGCAAGACAGAGAGCUGAUGAACUGGCAAGAAGGGUAGCUGAACUGGAGGAACAACUAAGAAUUGUGUCAGUCCAAAGGAGGAGGGCUGAAAAGGCAACAGCAGAUGUUCUUGCUAUUUUGGAGAAUAAUGGGGUAAGUGAUGUCUCUGAGGAACUUGAUUCAAGCUCCGACCAGGACACACCUUUUGAGUCCAACAUGGAUAAUGUUUCUACUAAAGAAGAGGAGAGCUCUGUAAGUUCAAAAGCGAGAAGAAAAGAGUCAGAUGAACUUUCAGGUUCCGAUGAUUUUUCUUCCGUAUCUGGUAGAAGCCUGUCUUGGAAAGGCCGCAAGAGUGCUUCUCAUUCUCCUGAAAAGUAUAAAGACUCACUUGCAAGAAGGCGCAAUAGCUUUACGUCUAUGGGGUUUUCGUCCCCAAAACAUCGCCAGGGAAAAUCAUGCAGGCAGAUAAGACGCCGGGAGUCAAGGUUAGUAGCAGAGGAGCCUAAGUCAGAUGAUGUCAAGGUUGAUCCGCCUGUAAAUGGACUUGUAAACCCUUUGGAAGUUAAUACUAAUCACUCUGAAAGUGAGAAAGACAUGGAAAAGGCCCUAGAGCAUCAAGCACAACUUAUUGACCGUUAUGAAGCAAUGGAAAGGGCACAAAGAGAAUGGGAAGAGAAGUUCAGAGAAAAUAAUAGUAGUACACCGGAUUCAUGUGAUCCUGGGAACAACUCAGAUGUCACUGAGGAAAGAGGUAGCUCACAGGUCCAAGAGGCAGAGGGGAUACUAACGCCAAUCAAUAUCCUCUUCUUCCUCUUCCCUCAGAAUUUUUUUCUCUUUUCCCAUAGCAAAACAAAAGCCAUGUCUCAGACUGUUGUGCUCAAGGUUGGCAUGUCAUGCCAAGGAUGUGUUGGAGCCGUGAAGAGAGUUCUGGGGAAAAUGGAAGGUGUGGAAUCAUAUGAAGUAGAUUUGGAGCAACAGAAAGUGACUGUGAAGGGCAACGUCCAGCCUGAUGCUGUGCUGCAGACAGUGUCAAAGACCGGAAAGAAGACUGCCUUUUGGGAAGCAGAAGCUCUGGCCGAAACCGAGGUGAAGCCAGCCGAAACCGAGGUGAAGCCUGCGGAAACUGAGGCGAAACCAGCAGAACCCGAGGCAAAGCCCACGGAAGCUGUUGCUGCAGCUUAAUCUGUUCCCCAGUUUGAUUCAUUGAAUGGUAAACUUAAUGCAGUUUACAUGGAUUGUAGAGUAUGUAUACUUCCCUUUAACAUGGAAGCUAAAAUAAGGUGUGGGGUGCAUGUCACUAUGCUUUCUAGGCUAAAACAUACUGGAUUGGCUUGUUUGUUGUAUCAACAUGAAAUGAAUAUUUCCACUUGAUUUUCUUUUUA